AUGUUGGAGCCACGGCCACUGGCGGAGGACCUGUACCACUACAAGGAGCACUACCAAGACAUGUUCCAUGAGCUGGAGAUCUUAAGAGCUGUGCCCGGGGAGCCCACGGCGCACUUUCGACUGGUGUCGAGGCUUCCUUCGCGCCGCACCGUGGAGGUGCUGCUCAGCGAGAGCGCCUUCCACGUCCAGAAGGAUUCACAGGAGGAGUCCACUCUGCGGGAUGCCAAGUUCGAAUCUUUCGAACAGCUUCUGAGCUCGCUGGAUGGUGCCGAGGUCUUCGGCUCCAGGCUCUGUGAUCUUGUCAGCCAGCGGCUGCGCGAGGACGCCGGGGCCUGGCACUGA